AUGGGAGCUAAAUCAGGACUGGCCUUAAAGGCCUUACAGUGGUUUGUGCGCGGUAUACAGUUUGGGAGCUGUGCAGUUGCCUUAGCUCUCUUCUCAUAUUUCCUUGCCGUUGCCGCGCAACAUAAUUACAGAAUCCCUACGUGGUCGAAGGCGGUUGAGGGCAUAGCAGGUGUAGGUGUUUUAUACACAUUACUUGGCCUGUUAUUGCUCUGUUGUGUUGCUGGCCAUCCGUUCGCAUCGGCCAUUGCAAUUAUUCUUGAUAUCGCCUUCAUAGGGGCUUUCAUAUACGUCGCGCAGGCGAAUCGAGGCGGCGCUAGCUCAUGUCGAGGCACUGUUAGUACAGUCUUCGGCAGACGUCCAGCAUCGGAUCAUCUAGGAUCUGGAUUGCCCAGCUAUCAUACCAUUUGCCAAAUGCACAGCGCUGUUCUAGCGGUUUCAAUUAUUGCCAUUGUCUUCUUCCUCAUAUCUGCCUUUCUCGAGGUUGUUCUCGUUCGUCACCGACGCAAGGAGUCUCGCUUCGGCCCUAGUCCUGCCAACAACUAUACUUCUGGCUACGGUGGGCGAGGUGGAUUCUUCAGUCGUUUCCGCCGCCGCAAAGGCAGCUCUGAAGAGGAAGCUAUCAAUCCUAACCAACUCCCUGAACACACUCACCCCGAUCAAGUCCGUCCGAGUUAUAAUACCGAGAGUACAGCUGGUGGCGCGCAUUACAACAAAUACGGCGAGUCCGGCUUCCAACAUGAUGGGCAGACGGCAUAUCCCAACCGAACUUCCUAUCCAGCUGGCGGUCAACAAUAUGGUGACGGCACUUACGGCCGCUAAAGCAUCGACAAGCUCCCAAGUUAAGUGCGCCACAACGAAUGAUUCAUUUAGGACUAUGAAAUGGUUGGAACAAUUGAUACCUUGGGCGGGUAUGGAUAUUUGAUGUGCUAUGUGUGGCUAAUCAUGAUGUAAAUGAAACAAAAGGGGUCUCGAAAUUUGUAUGAAUAGGAUGAGCGUUAUUGGUUAAAUUAAUGUUAUUAAUAAUGUCCAUGAUAGGUCGUCUUUAAUGGC